AUGCACCUGUCCCCCAAGACGGAGCAGGCCGCGCCGCUCUACUCCCCGCGCGAUCGACGUAUUUCUGCUCCAAUAGGAGACGGGCGUAAUCUCGGGUCCGCCCCUCUGCGAGGGACCGCGCACGCACAGUCACCUCUGGGUGAGGCUGAGACGAAUCACGGACCCGGCCGCCCUCGUGAGCGGGGGAGGAGCCCGUGGACCAUGGAGGUCCUCGGGGACCCCGUCGCUGCCAUGCCGUCUUCGGGCGGCCGGCGGGCCCAGGUGCAACUCUAGUCUGUUAUCCUCCCAGUCCACAAUGCUGAACGUUGGUUGGAUGAGUGUUUGAGAUCUGUUUUGCACCAAGACUUUGAAGGCACCAUGGAGCUCUCUGUUUUUAAUGAUGCCAGUAAGGACGGGUCUAUGGCUAUCAUUGAAAGAUGGAGAGUGAAGUUAGAAGAUUCUGGUAUCCUUGUGGUCAUUGGAGGUCAUGAUUCUCCUUCUCCUCGAGGAGUUGGAUAUUCUAAAAAUCGAGCAAUAAAACAGAGCUCAGGGGCUUUCCUCUGCUUUUUGGAUUCAGAUGAUGUGAUGAUGCCACAGAGGGUGAGACUGCAACAUGAAGCAGCUCUUCAGCACCCCAGAAGUAUUAUUGGCUGCAAGGUGAGGAGAGACCCCCCAAACUCCACUGAGCGAUACACGCGCUGGAUCAACCAGCUGUCGGCUAAUCAGCUUCUCACCCAGGUUUUUACCUCAAAUGGCCCAACAGUGAUCAUGCCUACCUGGUUCUGCUCCCGAGCGUGGUUUUCCCACGUGGGCUGGUUUGAUGAGGGCGGGAAGGGCGUGCCCGAGGACCUGCUCUUCUUCCAGGAACAUCUCCGCCAGGGCGGCCACGUCAUCCGCGUGGAGCACAGCCUUCUCCUGUACCGCCACCACCCGCAGGCUGCCUCGCUUUCCGUCCUCGAAGGCACCAUCUGGACCCUCCGUGUCCACUUUCUGGAAGAAAGAGUACUUCCACACUGGGUGGCCUUCACCAUUUGGAAUGCAGGCAAGCAGGGCCGUCGGCUCUUCCGCAGCCUAGGGGCUGCCAACCAACAGAAGGUGGUAGCAUUUUGUGACGUUGAUGAACGCAAGAUCCAAAAGGGCUUUUACUGCUACGAGGAUUCCCAGGAAAGGCCCAAGCCUCAGGUCCCAAUCCUGCACUUCCGCGCUGCCCGGCCACCCUUCAUCAUCUGUGUGAAACUGGACCUCACAGGGGGCGCAUUUGAGAAGAACCUGAGCUCGCUGCACCUGCAGGAGGGGCGGGACUUCUACCACUUCAGCUGA